UAAUUCGUGUUUCUCUUGUUACAGAAAUUGCAAAAGUUCGAGCUAGUUUAUUUCAAAUAAAUGGAGUCAAAAAGGAACCCCUAAUAUUACCAGAGCCAGAUGGAACGGUCACGACACUUACAGAAAAAGUAUAUGUUCCAGUUAAGGAACAUCCAGAUUUUAAUUUUGUUGGAAGAAUAUUGGGUCCAAGAGGAAUGACAGCUAAACAAUUAGAACAAGAAACGGGUUGUAAAAUAAUGGUACGGGGAAAGGGAUCAAUGAGGGAUAAAAAGAAGGAAGAUCAAAACAGAGGAAAACCAAAUUGGGAACAUCUCUCAGAUGAGUUGCACGUUCUUCUUACAGUUGAAGAUACAGAGAAUCGGGCGCAAAUCAAAUUGGCGCGAGCGGUCGAGGAAGUUAAAAAAUUACUUGUACCACAAGCUGAUGGGGAAGAUGAACUCAAAAAAAGGCAGUUAAUGGAGCUUGCCAUUAUAAAUGGUACAUACAGAGAUUCUACUUCAAAAGCAGCUUCGGCUGCAGUAUGUGAUGAGGAGUGGAGGCGCGUAGCGGUUGCAGCGGCAGCCGAAACUCAGCGAUUGUUAUCACCAGCGAUUCCCGGAUUGGCGACACCUCUCCGCACUCCAGCAACACCUUUGGGGGCGCCUCUAAUUUUGUCACCACGCAUGUCGGUGCCUACGACGGCGGCGUCAAUCCUUAAUGGAUCUGCACCCCCCGGCUCGCUUUUGUCACCGGGAGACACUCACGGUCUCAUAUACACACCGUACACAGAUUAUACCAACUACGCUGCCCUUGCCGCAUCGCCACUUCUGACGGAAUACGCAGCAGCAGAUCAUUCUGGUGCGGCUGCCGUUGCUGCCAAACAACGUAGACAUUUGGGGCAGAUCAGGGAACACCCCUACCAAAGAGCUGGCGCUCUGUCUUAAAUAGGCAAGGUUAGUUUAUAUCACUUAUUUAUUGUUUCAGGUGUGUGGCCGCAGUGUAUGUGUCAUUUUCGUGUGGUUUAUUAUGUUUGUGUCCUUUAAAAGUACUUUUCAUUAACACGCUUUUGAUAUUUUUCCAAAAGGAUUAUUACUCUCAAAUGAAAAGUACCAACAUUUUCAGUUGUUUGCCAUUUUUUAAGUAUUUAUAGAUGUAUUCAUAUAAAUAUAGUGAUUAGCCGUAGAUGUCCAUAUUUAAGCCAUUUCUUCAGUAUUUAAUAUUUUAAUUAUGCGGGUUGUGACACAAUAAGCUAUAAAAGUUACAGAUAUUAUUAUAGCUCUCUCAGAAGGAAAGAAGGAUUUUAUUUUGAGUGUUACCAAGUAUUUUUCAUAAAUAUUGAGACAUUAUUUUAGUUCGUACCAUUGAAUAAAAAUAAAUAGAAAUUCAAACUGAAAUUUUCUUCGUUUAAAGUUCAACGAAAUUAUAUUAUCUGUUUCUAUGUGAUUGAAAAAGAAUGCCACUUAUUUGGUCUCAGAAUCAUGGCGUGCUCCAAAAUCGUAUUUUUUUCAGAGAGCGGUUGUGAUUAGGGUUCACAUUUUUGAGUACCAAAUAACACUAACGCCUUCAGUACUCUCCAGUGUCUAGGCAAAGCAAUAGGGUACAAAACAUUAAUUAAUUGUACCCGAGAUCUUACAAUGUUUCAUUAGGGUGGGACAUUUGUCACAAGGGUUAGAUGUAGUAAUUAAAUAUGCAAGAUAAUAGAUAAAUGAAUGAAUUUUGCAGUUAUCUACUUAUUUAAUUUGGACUUCUAUUUUUUUUUUAUUCAUUGUGUAGAGAAUCGGAUAAUAUAUGAUAAUUAUAAUACUCAUCGUAUUUUAUACAUACCGAAACAAAACUUUAAUGAGUGGUUUUGCCUUUAAUUGUUUUUAUACUUCUAAUAAACUAGAAGUUUCAAAAGGUAACAGUAAUUGGAUGAACUUCACAUAUGCAAAAGAUAUGUUUUACACAUGGGCAUGUUCACAUUUUUUCAUGUUUGCAAAAACUAUUCAUAUUAAUACUGAAAAUAGCAAUGCAAGUUUUGAUAUAACGAAGAUCAACACAAAAACUGUUGUUCUUUGUUAAUUGAUCUCAGUUUCAUCAUAAAGUAUAUGGUUUGACAUCGUAAUUAGUAGGUUAAUGUCUUAAUAUUUACACGAGUUGUGCUGUCCUAGUCGGAAAUUGUGUAUCACUGGUGCUUAUAUAUUGUAUUGUUUGGUAUUUAUAUAUUUUAUCGCGUUACGUUAAUUUUUUUGUUCAUAAUUCACCUCACAAAGAUACAGAUGUGAUAUUUUCGAUGCGUCUAAUUUAUUUUUAAUUUUCCUUCUUUCCUUAUUUAGUAUGUCGUAAAACAUAUGGUCUAUUGCUAAUUUCUUAUAAAUGUCAUAUAUUUAAUAUAUUUAUAUAUUAGCGGUAUUUUACUUUGCCAGUGUCCGAGACAGGUAAAUAUUUCAUUUUGGCAAAGUUAGUUGUAUUAAUUAUGUUGUAGUUAUAUGUCCAUAUAGCAUUAUAUUUUUUGUAUGUUGUUGACUUGCGCCAAUGUGGAACAAAAAUAUAUUUAUAUAAAAACCAAUA